CAGGAACAUUAUGUACACCUAACAAAAACGUGUUUACCAUUAUUUUCGUAACAUAAUCAUGCCCAUUAAAACUAGAGGUUCCAAGUCCUCAGUUUAAGGGGUGAGCAGAAAACAAUAAUGUAGCAGCCUGGGUUUUAAAAAGCUCAGUUCCCUUCAAUGUAAUUACUACAAUCGCGGAAAUUCACAUGGUGAUGUCAUCAAGGAGAUGAAGGUGUUGAGGCUCAGAAAGGAAGUCAACACAAUGAUGAUCACAACAGAAGUUUGUGGAAGAAGUUGAUAUUAAGGUUAUUUUUAAUUUCUAUAAAAAAAAUUAAGAUAUGCUGAGUUGCUAAUCACAGAUUUUAUAAAAACAUUUUAAAUGUAAUUUUGCUGGGUUACACAAAAGUUCAAUCUGGAAGUUUGCACUUUCAGCUAAACGGAACAAAAGUAGCGACAAUAUGUUUGAAUUUCCCAGAAAGAGUAACUGUUGUACCCCUGUUGGCUAAAAAAUUAUACUAUAAUAAUAAUACUGAUUUCUAAACUGGUCAGUCCAUGUUCAUUUCAGAAUCAGCUUUAUUGGCCAAGUAUGCUUACACACACAACUGCUCUCAAGUAUAACAUUAAAUAUUGACAAUAAACACAACAUAACAAAAGACCUCCAAGGCUAAAUAGGACAAUAGUGCAGUAGUGAUGCAAAUAUGCUGAGAUAAACAUUAUAAUAAUAUAUUAUGUUAUGUCGAUCAUAAACAGCUCAAGGUCAAGCACUCAUCAUCCAUCAGAACUUUGAAGUGUUGCUGUUGUUAAAUGAACAUCUCACAUACUUGGAUUAAAAUACAUUCAUGAAGAGUUUCAAAUCCAGUUAUAAAAAUAUAAAUUGUGACUGUGUUGGCUCAUACACUGAAAUUGUGAUAAUACAACAUUAAAGCAAUUAAAUGACGUGCACAUAGAUUCACUGAAUUAAAACACCUGUCAAGCUGAUUAAUUGAAUAACGCUGUUGUUGUCACCAUAAUUUCAAUGCGAUUUUUCUACUUUUAUUUUGAAGGCUACGUGUUUUACAGGAAACGUGCCUGCUGCUUCUGUCCAGCUUUAACGCGGAAGAGGACUGCGCUCGUGCUGUUUCUCUCCUCUAACGUCCUCAGUCAGGAUUUAAAUAGGGACGCUCCGAGAAGGGGGAGCAUCAGUUCAUCUACUGAAGAAUCCUGAAUCUAUCAAGAUGAGUGGACGUGGAAAGGGAGGAAAAGGACUCGGCAAAGGAGGCGCUAAGCGUCACCGGAAAGUUCUCCGUGAUAACAUCCAGGGCAUCACCAAGCCCGCUAUCCGCCGUCUGGCUCGCCGUGGUGGAGUGAAGCGUAUCUCCGGCCUGAUCUACGAGGAGACCCGCGGUGUGCUCAAGGUGUUCCUGGAGAACGUCAUCCGUGAUGCUGUCACCUACACCGAGCAUGCUAAGAGAAAGACCGUCACCGCCAUGGAUGUGGUCUACGCUCUGAAGAGACAGGGCCGCACCCUGUACGGCUUCGGCGGUUAAACUCACACCUCCAUUAACAACAACAAUAACAAUCAAACGGCUCUUUUAAGAGCCACCCACUUCAACUGAAGAGUAUAAACCUAACUUAUAACGUGUUGAGCAUGAUUUGAAAAUGUAUUGGUAUGUUUUUGUAUUUUUUACAUAAAAUAAUAUUCCUCGUCUGCUCAACUGAUUCGUUAUAGUAAUAUGAGUACUCCUGUUUCUUUCCACACAUGCUUUUUCUUAAUACUAUCACAAUAUUCUAAUAUUUAAGACUGGUAAUUCAAUAGGACUUAAUAUGCAGCCACAUGUUCCCUCACUUGCAGCCACCUGACCGUCAUGUUUAACAAUUUGAAUUCCAAAGAAGUAAAGUCACCUUUGAAAGGGAUAAUACUGCACCUGUACGUCACAUAACACUGCACCCAGCAGCUCCCUGAAGAGUCAACUACAGAAAGGCCUAUACUUGGAUGUGUGUUCUAUUUUAUACCAUACAUGGUGGGAAAUACUAAGACUAUACAAUUGCUAGUUUGCACCAGAGAGAAUAUUUAACUUUGUCCAAAAUGAGGAAAUCCAUAAACAAAUGAAAUAACUUA